AUGAACACGCUGGCAGUCAUCGCUCUUCUUCUCGUCAUCCCAGCCCUGCAAGUGCAGGGUAACGGAUCCACGAACGAAUCCACCAACGGAUCCACCAACGAAUCCACCAAUGAAUCCACCAACGGGUCCACCAACGGGUCCACCAACGGGUCCACCAAAGGGUCCACCAACGGGUCCACCAACGGGUCUACCAACGGGUCCACCAAAGGGUCCACCAACGGAUCCACCAAAGGGUCCACCAAAGGGUCCACCAACGGGUCCACCAACGGGUCAACGAAAGGGUCCACCACCUCCUUCACACCGUACGUCGGUGUAAAGGAUAUUUGUACUACAAAUAGAACAUCGCAUAAUGAAGCCAACCUCAUCAUACGGAUAUACAGGCCGCUGGAAACAAAAAGCCAUUACAUGUUGUUUACUAAAUCUAAAAAUAGUUAAUCUGAAGUACACAUGUUUAUUUGCCUGUCACUGUCCAAGUCGCUAAACAUUUGUCGUACAUGCUACUCAUUGAAAGGAAUGCAUUUAUAAUGGCAUUCAUGCAGGUAUCUACCACAAGACCGAUAAUUAGCGUUUGGGUAUGACUGUGAUGUGCUGGCUACGUGUACAUACAUGGCAAGUAGGGCUGGGACGAGUCCAAAUUUACUACCCGGGUACCCUACCCCCUAUUACCCGACCCUACCCGGGUACCCACUGUUGGUCUCAGGAGAUGUCUCAAAAUGUCUGAUUGGGAACAU